AUGCGGCAGCGCAGGCGUGCCUAUACACAUACCCCCAGCUACUUUUAUGCGUACACACUCUGUGUUACGCAACUGCUCAUGCACUAUUUCCCGUUCCUGGCGCCACGCGUUGCUUUGGCGCCUGAGUCGCAUGGCCCUAUUAUCCAGUGGCGCACAGGCGGAGGGGCAGCGACGCUGAUCCGUCCUUAUCACCAAGCGCCUAACUUCCGGGCCUACUGGAUCAGUCGCAGACAUCGUCGUGCGCCUGAGCCACUGGCCACUAUGCCCCGAGUCGUCGUGCUCUAUGUCCAUGGUGGUGGAUUUGCUCUUGGAUCCGUUGCCUUGUACACAGAACCUCUUCUCCGGAUCUUGGGCCAUAUGGAGCAUAUGAGCCCCUCUCUCACAGUGGACUGCGUGGCACUCGAGUACGAUUUGAUGCCUCACGCGCACUUCCCGGCUCCCCUGUUACAAGUGCUUCGAUGUUAUGCCCACCUUAUCGAAGCAGAACGUAUACCUGCUUCGCGCAUUGUGUUGGCUGGCGACAGUGCAGGUGGCAAUCUAGUGCUAAGCGCUCUCCUGUGUCUUUCAGGUCAAGGCACCUCUGAGGUGGCUGAACGCAACUGGGCGUCUCUUCCCAUGCCAGGCAAAGCCGUGUUAAUUAGUCCCUGGGUGGAUCUUCGUCCCCGCGAAGCGUGGUCCACAGAACGUGUACGCCAUGCCACCAAGCUUAAACCCUCCUUGGACAUUCUCUCUGCGGAAUGCCUUGUCCAGUUCGCGCAGUGGUACGCAGGCGUUCUUAAGCGCCCACGCCGUAUUAUGGGGCCUGUCACGCACCUUUGUGAGUCAUUGUAUGGAACAUCGUUUCCUCUCUUGCGAUGGUGCCGCGAAUGGCUCGAGCGCCCGCUGCUACGUUACGGCAAGCGGAUCCUGCCGCCUGAGGAGGCCGUGUCCGAUCCAAUUAGAUCCACGUCCGAGUUGUUUGACGCUACGUCCUUGGCCCACAAGACCCCCACAACGCCCGCGGAGCGCCGUCUUGAGACGAGCCCACUCCUCUCUCCUACGUUGGGCGAUUGGCGUGCUGUUUCGUUGGAGCAUGGCUUCUUUGUCACAUGGGGCGCCAACGAGCUCAUGGCCCGGGACAUUCAGGCGUGGUCUGAGCGAGUCACUCAUGCGACAUGCUAUGUUGAGUCAGGUGGAUCAGGGGUGCAUGUAUGGCCCUUCUUCCAUGCUCUGCUCGCGCCGACCAUGACAGAGCGGGAACGCGGUCUGCAGCUUCUUGCGAGAGCCAUGAUGGAGGGCGUUUCGACGACUUUCGUACCCUAUUCUAGUGAGACGGAUUCACCUACUUCGAUGCCGUCCGAUAUCGAGGAUAUGGACGACGAGGGUCCCCGUUCGAUGCAAGAGGCAUGGGAUGCCGAGCUCGCCCAGAUUGGUGUGAAACUCCAGAGUGCGUCAACUUUUUCACAGAAUCUGUAA